CUACUUCUCUGUGCUUUAACACAUAGGGAAGAAAUGUGCCAAAAAAAUGAGGGAGAUGGUGAUUUUCUGGUGAACAGAAACCCAGAAAAGGCCAUGCUCUCGCCAUCCAUGGUCAAGGAGACCAGACACUGUACAAACGACUACUUCCUACACAUUAAUAAGAAGGACAGGAAAUAUUACCUGCCCCUCAGUUUUACAGAAUUGGAGGAGUUUGACCUGACAACCAUCAGGCAAACAUUCGAGCAGAAUUUGCAUCUAUUGGUCCAAGAGACAAAAUCAGAAAAAGAAGAAAGGCAGCAAGGGAGACCGGAUGUGAGACACGUUAUCGACAGGAGAGUCCACCCUUAUAAUAGGAAACCUCCCUCAGCGACAUUAGCAUCUGAAGAAUUCGAGCAAUAUUUGUCAACACUAAAAUAAGUUGGACUAAGGGAAGUAACUUUCAUAGAUAAGCUAAGUAGCCGCUGUCUGAAAAUACUAUGUCUUAGAUAAUGUCAAAUAUAAUCAAUCUUAAGCCUGGAUUUUCAAUUAAGCUUGUAAUAGCAGUUGCAUAUAUAUUGUACUUUUAAACCGGACACGAUUUGAUAUUGUUUGUUUAACGCUUAUAAUAAUAUCGACGUCUCUUCAUGUGUCAAAAACAUAUAGUUAAAUCUGUAAUUGAUUUAAAUGGAGAUGUGCUGUUUCGGGAUAGAUCGUACUAUGCCACCAAUUGGUAUUCUAUUCGGCUGUCACGAGGUCGACAUCUGUAGAUCAGUUAUAUAUCGUUAUCUUGUUAAAGCCAUCAAGAUGCGUUAUCUAGAAUUCGGAGAUGAAACUCAGUUUUUAUAGAUAGUGUAGUAGAAGUGAGAUAUGGGAGAGUUCGUUCCGAUAAGAAAAGACUAAAGAGACAUCGAUAUUACUGUAAAGUUGAAGUAAUUUUUUUCCACAUAUGAACAAGAGGCCAUUUUGGAUUUCUCGAAUUUUGUUUGAAAAACUUUCUUUUAAAAUCAGUUUUGAUGCAUAUUAUUUCUUUCAUAUUAAUAUGGAACAAUAUACAGAUAUAUAAUCAAAAUGUUCUUUAAAACUAUAGCAUAUAUACAACAUAUCUUAUAACAUAGUUUUACUAUAUUUUCCAUGACGACUGAUGUCUGACAAAUAAAUAUUUGUGAAACUACAUUUGUGUUUUUAUUACCAUCCCAUGGUGGAAAUCAUGUAAUGACCAUAUGCAAACGUAUCGUACCGAUUGGGUAGGAGCCAUCGCUUGUCAUCGAAGGCACAUAGUCCCGAUUUGUUAACGGUGUAAACGAAGAGUUGAUGUUUAUCACUCCUAAUUGAAUUCAUUUUACACAUUUCGAUUUUGUUUUUAAAUAGACAAUUCUUAUACGUUUCGUGUCUGAGAUAGCGACGAAUCGAACUUUUCCCUACCCCCUUAGCUGUUUGUGCCUGUCUCAUAUCGUUCCAAAGGAUGGUGACAUUUUCCAUCUCUAUCUGCAUGGGUACGGCGUACAAGUAUGAGUACAUUUUUGCGCGAAGCCCUACUAACUCUGCAAUGGGUUGACUUGCCGUUUCGUCUUUGAAAUAUCCCGGUAUCUUUUUGUUCACUGUAUCGUGACAGCGAUGCUCUACCGGAUAAUUGGAUAGAUCGAACAACUGUCUGUCCCUAUACAUAUCGUCAUAGACGUCCGGACAGUGCACAUGAUAUAGCAAACUGUCUGUAUCUGUCAUGAGUAGUUUUACACCAUCUCCAUAUUUGGGUUUGAGGUAUUUAUAAUAAAACUCGUACAUGAUCAGUUUCGACAGGUCUAAAAUGGUCUGUCCCACAUAGACGGGUUUGUUCAACACUAAGUUGGUUUUGUCAUUUUGAAUUGCAACCAGAUCUUCAUUAAAUAUGGUAAAUCUCUGAAACCAGGGUCUUGCUACGUAUUUUUCGAAUUUUUUGACGGUGUGUGCCAUCUUUAUGUCAACUCUCGAUCGUACAUUCUCCAUGGUCUUGCCGAACACGGCAUUGUUCAUGAG